AUGGAGGUACUAAUGUACAAGUUGGUGCAGCAGCCUCCUUUGAUGCUAUAUCCAGACAUUAUGUUUUCUAGCAUUAUGAUCAUUCCAGGAGAUUACAACAACGUGUUAAGGGCGCAAAAAUAUGAUGGUUUACGUGUUGAAGAGAAUGGUAACAUCAUCAUCUUUGAUGCAAUUCCAAUUUCAAGGAAAGCUCAUGGAGGUCGUGCACUCAAGUCCAUCUACAGUUCGAAGAAAGAAAACGCAAAAGUUGAAGCUCAAGUUGCGAUGAAAACAGCAAUUGCAUUAGCGCAACAGCUUUCAAAGCUAGAGAGGCAAAGAAAUUGGUGGAUACAACAAAAGAUGGGGCUUAAAGGAAGGAUUCACAAGUAUUACCACCACAUUCAAACAAAUGUGGUUUUUAGAUCCCUUAUCGAGAUUUUUCACUUUGUUGAGCACGGGAAGCUUCCCAAACACUACUAUAAAGCGAAUCAUAUGCCACAAGAAACAGUAUCGAUUGAGGGUUCGUCAAGGAAGGCAGUGAAAGGAUUUAAACUAAUCAAGGAAAAGAAAGUGGGAUAUUAUAAUUCCUUAACCAAAACUAUUUUCAGGUUGCCAACACCACUAGAGGAGACCAUAGAUUCUCAGAAAACAGAUAGCUUAAAGAGAAAAAGGCAUGAUGAGUCUAUUCAUGAACCUGGAGAAGUCAUGCAGCACGAGGAUCCUCAUAAAUGUCCGCUCUAUGAUUUUGAACCCCUCUAGAAUUACAAUCUUCAAAAAAAAUUUUAAUUUACAAAGCAACAUAUUCUUCCUCCGUCUAGCAAGAUUUUACAAAGGGAGCUUAAUGUUUGGUUGUUAUGACUAGAUAAUUAUAUCCACAGUUAUUGUCAUCAUUUUGCAUAUUAUAUAUUUUUAUCAAUAGAC